GCACAGUCCCAUAAAGUCGUCGACUUUGAGUCAGUCGUCGAACACUUUAGCAAAUCGCCCUUCUGUGGCUUCCCGUCCGGAAAAUAAUGGCCGAUCACGACGACCACCACCACCACCAUCACCGCCCUCACCGUCUCUCCGUCCCCCAACGCCCCGUCACUUUCUCCUCCACAUCCUCCGGCACCCCGAGAUCCUAUCCCGUUUAUCCUUACCCUGCCACCCCAAUCUCGACUCCAUCCAAGUUUCGCAUUUCAUCCCUCAAUUCCGUCCCUUCCAAAUCCGCUCAUAACAAAUCCUCCCUUUCCUUCCUCCUCCUCCUCCUCCUCUCCCUCCGCUCUCUCUACUCUCUUCUCCCUUUCCUCCGAUCGUCUCCGCCCUCCUUCUCUCUCUUCCCCUUUUCCUUCCUUCUCUCCCUCCUCUCCUUCCUCCUUUCCCUCUCAUUCUUCCUUCUCUCCAAACAAAAUGUUCCUAUUCUUCCCCUCUCCUCCCUCUCCCAUUCCCAACUUAAACUACUACUCGCUAAAUCCCUCCUCUUGGCUACUGUUUUCCUGAUCAGAUUCCAAGCCCUUAGAUACUGCGGAACUGCGGCCAUGAUCCUAGCAGAGCUCUCGGGAAAUGUGGCGGCAAGGUUCUUUGCUGAAGGGCAGAACCCAAAUCGGAAUUUUUCUUCGUCUAAGGUUCGUGGGUUUUGUCUCUUAUUUGCUGGUUUGCUUUUCAUGUCGUUGAGUUGGGAUCGGAGAGAUUGUUAUCCUUUUGCUCCCUCGUUCGUAGAAAAAUUUGGAUUCUUGGGGUACCCUAGGGAGAGUUGUCUAAGGAUUUGGCCUAUGUUGCUCCCAUUCCUGUCGGGAUUUUUGGGUUGUUAUGAGAGAGUGUCGAUGAACAAGGGAAGUAUUAGGCAACUGGGUCGAAAACAGGUUCGGUUGAUUACAUUGUUUUUUGCUACAGUUUUUCUUUUUGUGCCUGCUGUUGUGAGUUUCUUUGUGUUUGAAGCUGAAGGAGGUGGUGUUUCUAUUGGGAAUUUUGGUUGGCCUUUGGCUAAUACUGUUGUUUUUGGAGUGCUUUUGAGUGAGAAUUAUGGUGAGGACAAGCUAGUUAGUUCUAAGGACUUCCAAAGGGAGUUUCUGGUUACCUUUGUUUGCACUCUUGUUUUGGAGCUAUUUUACUUCCCGGAACUAUCUCUCAUGGGAUUGGUAAUAUGUGGCUUCUUGCUGUUUUUGGCUGUUCGUGAACUGGAUCCUGUUUAUUCAAACUAUCUUGAACUGGGGUUGGAGUCUUCAGAACCAUUAAGUAUGUUGAUUAUGAAACCUAUUCGUCAUAUAUUAAGUGAGAGGAAGUCUCGAAAGAUUGCACUUUUCCUCUUGAUUAACACAGCUUACAUGGUUGUGGAAUUUGUUGUUGGGUUCAUGAGUAACAGUCUUGGGUUGAUAUCAGAUGCAUGCCACAUGUUGUUUGAUUGUGCUGCUUUGGGGAUUGGACUCUAUGCUUCAUAUAUUUCUCGUUUGCCUGCAAAUAGUCAGUUUAAUUAUGGUAGAGGGAGAUUUGAGGUUCUAUCAGGGUAUUCUAAUGCUGUCUUCCUGGUUCUAGUUGGGGCAUUGAUUGUGUUGGAAUCAUUUGAGAGAAUUUUGGAUCCUCAAGAGAUAUCAACUAAUAGUCUGUUAACUGUCUCAAUUGGAGGGCUAGUCGUGAAUGUGGUAGGUUUGAUAUUCUUCCAUGAGGAACAUCAUCAUGCACAUGGUGGAUCAUGCUCACAUUCACAUACGCAUUCUCAUUCCCAUUCUGACUCCCUCUCCUGCAGCCAUCAUCAUCACCAGCAUUCACAUGAGUCACAUGAUCGUGUUGGCCCUGAUCACCAAAGUCAUGGAAAGCAUCAUGAGUGCAUUGUUGUUUCUCAUGAAUGCCAUGAACAUCAUCAGGGUGAUCAGCAUUGCAGCACCCACAGCUUCUCUGAAGAUAACAGAAUGAAAAAUGCUGAGUGCCAUGAACACCACAACCAUGCUCCUUGUCACAAUCCACCCAGCCAAAGUCAUGGUCAUGAUUCCCACGAUUGUGCUAAUAAUCAAAACCACCAUGAUCAUCAUCACAACAAUCAUUGUCAUGCUUCCAAUGAUUGUGCUCAUAAUCACAACCACCAUGAUCAUCAUCACAAUAAUCAUUCUGACCACCAUAUUCAUGGCAGUCUGCACUGCAGUUCUUCAAGAAGCUCACAUACUGACUUCCUUGAAGAUCAUAAAGGGGAAAGGCAUCAUGAUCAAUUUGCAGGUUUGCAUGCCCAUACUCACUGCUCAGAUGCCAAAAGUCAUAUACCCUUGGCAACUAACAGAUCCAAACAGAACAAACUUUCAUCCAAUGGCAAGGAACCCAAGAAGCAUCAUCAUCUUCACAUCGACCACAAUAUGGAAGGAAUCUUCUUGCAUGUGCUGGCAGACACUAUGGGAAGUGUUGGUGUUGUCAUAUCAACCCUCUUAAUUAAGUACAAAGGAUGGCUUGUUGCAGAUCCUGCAUGUUCAAUUUUUAUUUCUGUUUUAAUUGUUUCGUCAGUUAUCCCAUUGCUCCGAAACUCUGCUGAAAUUUUGCUUCAAAGGGUUCCUAGGGCUCAUGAGCAAAGUUUGAGAAAGGCUAUAAUUGAUGUCAAGAAGAUGAAGGGGGUUUCUGGAAUUCAAAACUUGCAUAUAUGGAGCUUCACAAACACAGAUGUUGUGGGAACACUUCAUCUACUUAUAUCGGAAGAAGCUGAAAAGGAUUCAAUAAGAGCUCAGGUGGCACACAGACUGCAGGAUGCUGGAAUCAAGGAUUUGACAUUGCAGGUGGAAUGUGUCACGGAGCGGUAAUUCCGUAGUGAGGUUUUUGAUCUUUUGCAAGUACCACAUGGACACUAGUUCAUCGUUAUAUUCAGGAUUGAAGCCAUAUCAUCAAAAGCAGCUGAUGAACAUCUACCAACGCGCUGUUGAACUGUCAACUUCUCAUACGCUUAUCCUUCUUGAAAGGUGUGUGUAUAGCUCUAAGAGCUGACUCUCUGACCACAGAUUUUGUUGAGAACUUUGGAAAGAUGUGAUGUUUAAGUUUGUUAAUCAUAGACAAUCAUUGUAUGCUGGGAACUGUUUUCACAUGAGAUUACUUUACUGACAUCUAAACUUCGUUUAAAUUAAUCAGUUAUACUUGUGCAGACAUUCAAUGAAAUCUUCAAAGAAUG